UGGUAUAACUAUAUCCGUCCAUGGAACUAAUUUAAAUGCUGUAGAAGAACCUAAAAUGUAUGUUUUAGUGGAUGGAGAAGAGUAUACAAGUGCUUGUAGAUCUGAAUCAGCUUCUGAAAUGAAGUGUAAGAGUCCUGAUGUUCCACCUUAUAAACUACGUUUCCAAGGAGAUGAUGCAUUGGAAUUAGAUUUUGGAUUUAUCAUGGAUAGUGUGGAUUCUGUCAAAAAUCUGAGUGGGAUUCCUGGAUUUCCUAAAUUUAAUAUGUUUCCUAAUCCAGUUUAUUAUCCUUUUACAGAAGACAAUCAAAUAAAGUAUUAUAAAAGUGAUUAUUUGACAAUCAAUGGUCGAAAUCUCGAUCGGGCAUCACAAGAAUCAGAUGUCAUUGUUCGUAUUGGAACAAGUUAUUGUAAUGUUACUUCUUUGUCUCGAUCUCAGUUAACUUGCAGACCACCAACAAAACAACCACCAGCUCGUGAUCCCCAUGGUCAUCCUGACCCAAAUAGAAUUCCUCAAGUAGUUGUGGAAGUAGGAACUAGUCUGAAAUAUACAAUUGGACGUUUAAGCUAUGAGUUACCAUCAAAUCAAGAUAGUACUCUUUCUAGAUCAGUAAUUAUAGGAGUAAUUGUUGGAGGAGUUAUUCUUGUAAUCAUAGUCAUAAUUAUACUCAUUGCUUAUCGAAGAAAAUCCACUGAAAGCAGCAGAGUUUUAAAAAAUAUGCAGGAACAAAUGGAUGUUUUGGAAUUAAGAGUUGCUAGUGAAUGUAAAGAAGCAUUUGCUGAAUUACAAACUGAAAUGACAGAUCUUACAAGUGAUUUAACUGCUGGAGGAAUACCAUUUUUAGAUUAUCAAUCUUAUGCUAUGAAAGUUUUAUUUCCUAACACUGAUGACCAUCCAGUACUAAGAGAAAUGCAAUUGGAUCCAUUGAAGAAACCAUACAUUGAAAAAGGAUUACGAUUAUUUGGCCAACUUAUUAUGAACAAAAUAUUUCUUUUGUUAUUUAUUCGUACUUUGGAAUCGAACAGAUACUUUUCAAUGAGAGACAGAGUAAAUGUAGCAUCUCUUAUAAUGGUUACACUUCAGGGAAAAAUGGAAUAUUGUACAGAUAUUUUGAAAACAUUAUUAGCUGAAUUAAUUGAAAAAUGUAUUGAAGGUAAAAGCCAUCCAAAACUUUUACUAAGAAGGACAGAAUCAGUAGCAGAAAAGAUGUUAUCUGCAUGGUUCACAUUUCUUCUUUAUAAAUUUCUAAGGGAGUGUGCAGGAGAACCACUUUUCAUGUUAUAUAGAGCUAUUAAACAGCAAGUUGACAAAGGCCCAGUAGAUGCAGUUACUAGUGAAGCUCGCUAUUCUUUAUCAGAAGAAAAAUUAAUUAGGCAAUCUAUUGAAUAUAGAGGAAUGACAGUUUAUGUUUCCAUGUCUCCCCAGACAGCUUAUGUUUCAGGCUUAGAACCACCAGGUGAAAAUAUCGAAACACCAGUUAAAGUUUUGGACUGUGAUACUAUUUCUCAAGUGAAAGAAAAAGCACUUGAUGCAAUUUAUAAAAAUACUCCUUUUUCACAACGUCCUAGCAAAGAUGAUUUAGAUUUAGAGUGGAGAACAGGAACAUCAGGCAGAAUCACACUUUCUGAUGAAGAUGCUACAAGUAAAAUGGAAAAUGAUUGGAAAAGAGUGAAUUCUUUAGCUCAUUAUAAAGUAUCGGAUAGUGCUCUGCUAACUUUAGUGCCGAGGCAGUCAUCAAUGUAUAACUUAUCCAUAAUGACAGAAAAGCCUGAAAAGCAACAAAAAUAUGAAACAUUAAAUUUUACACUUAAGACGAGUCCUCCCCUUAGUAGAGCAACAUCUCCACUUAAUCAUGAUACUGAAACAGGGUACAAAUAUUGGCAUCUGGUUAAACACCAUGAUACAGAAACAAAUAAAGAAGGUGAGCGAGGGAACAAAAUGGUCUCAGAAAUCUACCUCACACGAUUAUUAGCAACCAAGGGAACAUUACAAAAAUUUGUGGAUGAUCUAUUUGAGACAAUAUUUUCCACAGCACAUAGAGGCAGUGCCUUGCCUCUUGCUAUUAAAUAUAUGUUCGAUUUUUUGGAUGACCAGGCAUUACAGCAUGGCAUCGGAGAUGCAGAAGUUGUUCAUACUUGGAAAUCUAAUAGCUUACCUCUUCGAUUUUGGGUGAAUUUAAUCAAGAAUCCUAACUUUGUAUUUGAUAUAUAUAAGUCCAAUAUUGUUGAUUCCUGCCUCUCAGUAGUAGCCCAGACAUUCAUGGAUGCGUGUUCGACAUCUGAUCACAGAUUAGGCAAAGAUUCCCCUAGUAGUAAAUUAUUAUAUGCCAAAGAUAUACCAAUUUAUAAAGAUUGGGUAGAAAGAUAUUAUCAAGAUAUUAAAUUAAUGCCAGCAAUUAGUGAUCAAGACAUGAAUUCCAUGUUAACAGAGGAAUCAAGGCUUCAUGCACAUGAAUUUAAUACGAAUGUUGCCCUUUAUGACUUGUAUAGCUAUGCAGUAAAAUAUAAUGACCAGCUAAUGAUGACAUUAGAAGAAGAUGAGUUUUCUAGGAAGAACAAAUUAGCAUGGAAACUAGAACAAGUUCAUGCUACCAUGACAGGAGAAUCCGAAGCGUGACGGUGUCAAUGGCAAACAGUGGAUGUGUGACAGAACGAUUGGCCAAACUGAUGAUGAUGUCAUGCCUUCACUGAUUGCCAGGAUAAUCAUCAUCUUUAAAACUCGAUAGCACUGGAAGAAUAGUGAAGAGAUGCCUUUAUUAAUGGCCAACAAUUGCUACUAUAACACUCCUCGUGCCAUUCCUGCGGACGGCAAUGUUUGUCGUCUCUAUGCAACAUCAGUUUAUUUCGCAUCGUGGAUUCGUCAAGGUGCUGUUUUGAUCUUGCUUCCAAUGUUUGACAUCAAACAGGUUCCUAAGCAAUAGCCUGCAAGCAAGGUGGAAUUAUAUUUGAGAGCUAUUCAAAUCCUUAGCGAAUGAUCUGUGAAAUGCUGGUGUCAAUCACAUUUUUCAUUUUUUCAAACUAUUAUACCAAAGUGCUCUGGGUGCACUGAUCGUUCACCGACAAUGAUUUAUCGGAAACUUAGACCCAGAAAUAACUAAAUGUUCAUUGGUGUGAUAAACAAAUCUCGGUGCAAAUAGGAAUCAAGAGUUUCCACAGCUAAAACUAUUAUAACUGAACCGAUGGUGCAAUGUAUAGAUGGUGUUGUCAAAAUGCGAUGUGACGCAACACUUGAAAUUUAGAUCACGUCCAAUACAAAUGUUGUCCUGCUUCUCUCUGAAAUAUAUUUCCUGGAAGUUUUAGAGACUUUUUUUUAAUUAAUAUUUUUAUUUCUAAAGAAGUACAGUGUGUGAAUUUUUAAAAGUUUUCUAUGUAAUUAUAAUGAUUGUUUUGAAAGAUUUUUCUAGAAAAUUUUCAAAAUCAUUUUAUGUUAAUACUCCCAUAUGAUGGAAUUCCUAAAGUGGAUGGAGUUAGUAUUUGAAUAGUGAAUUUCUAUAAGCAAAUGAUGGUACUGUAUAUGUAAAUGUCUUGUCUCUAGUUUGUUAUUUAAAUCAGUGUUUAUAAAAUGGAAUCCUAUAUUUCGUAUGACUCGUUUCGAAAUGCCAGUGCAGUACUAAUGGGACUUUAUAUGUGGAUGUGCCAAUCAAAGGAUUCUACCACUAUCUGGCUGUCGAUGCCCCCAUUAACCAUAUUGAGUGCCUUUGUCAUUUGCACUGGAUCGCAUUUUAUCUAGUUUAACGAUAAAAGAGAUUUUGUUAUUAUUAAUUGUUAUAUAAACUACUUUUUACCACUGGCAGGAAUAUAUUUCAGAUUUGAGAAAGAGUUAGUUCUUUCACUUUAUCACAAUUUUGUAAUUUUUUUUAUGACUUUUUGAUAAUAUUUUGCUUUUGUAUUCCAUUUUGUUAUAAAAAAAAUAGCAAUGGAUCUUUAUUAAUGGUUAUAUAUCAUGUGGUGUUUAAUAGUGCUGCCGAAAAGAAACGUGAAGACAAAGAUUUAUCUGCCUACAGCUGAUACAUAUUUUAAAAAUUGCUCAGUUAGAAUCCCCCUUCUCCAUCAUAUAGAAGACCAACUUGAUCUUUAUAUAAACAUUUGUAUAUAGUUGGUUUACCGGAUGGAGUCGACACCAUAUCAGUCACGUGUCAGGAAAUGAGAAGGACUUUAUAUACCGUGCUACUGUUCCAUUAUCAAUCGAUGUCAAUGGUGAUGUUCCAAUGGAUAGUUAGUGAUGUAUUAUGUAUUGUGAGCACAGGAAGUGUGAGAUUACAAAGGUACUCGUAUGCACUCUAAUGUACUAGCACCUUAUCUGGAUUAAGACAUUACUCCUUUGAAAAAACAACCAAAAUGUUUGUAGAAAAAUCUGUACUCUUUCUACGAUGUUUCACAGGAUUAUGCACAAUAUACAUAGUUACUUUA